AUGUUACCGAUUGAUACAUCAAAGCCAUUUAUUGAGAUGCUCCCCACAGAUAUACCAAAGCCAUUUAUCACUACCACCCCAUAUAUUAUUACAACCCCAAAACCUAUAUCGAAAUUAAAUAUUCCACCAUUGGACGUCCAACAGGAACGGUUGACACAGUCUGUCGACCACCAAACUUUACAGAGAUCGCACCACUUCCCUCAACAAUGCCAAAAUACACAAAUUGGAGCCCAAAUGAGUCAACAAGUCUCACAAAGUGUACUACAAAAUGUGAACCAAAGUGUGACGAACAUACCCAAUAUCACAAGUGGCAGUGUUAAAUGUGAAAUGGCGAACUCCCCGACUUUACCAUUUCCAGAGAAAGUCGAAAAGGAAAAGAAGGAGGUCCGGAUACCAAUACUCCAACAGAACACAAAGGCGCCAAAGGAGAAGAAGAAACCGGACUGGGAACGACUGAAACAACUCUCAAAGACUAAUGAAGCGUGUCAACAGGCGGUCUUCAUUGGUCUUUUAAACAUGUUUGGCUAUGAAAUUGGAAUUGAGAGAGUCUACAAAAUAUCAAAGAAAACGUUUCCCCUGUUGACGAUCAACUUUGUGCACAAAUACACGAAGGACGGAAUAGUCGAUAUGGACAUCACCGUCAUGGCGCAACGGAUGUCCGAGGAAAUGCUCAAGUCGUCGUCCGUUGAAGAUAAAAAGAAGAGAAGACAACACAAGAGGAAUAUGGAUGCGUCCAUCUGUAACUCGUUGAUGACAUAUUUAGAGAAGGAAGGGGUCAAGUUUGACUUGAAGGGAACGAGGUCUGCCCAAUUCACAAUGAUCAUGAAAAAGGUCAGAGAUGUUGAUUUAGUGUUGUUCAAUAAGCAUAGAAGAAUCAGUCAAAAGGAGUUGGUGAAUAUAGGGAAGUACGUGAAUAACCAUUUGGUCAAAAUGAUGGGGGGAAUGAAAAGAAGAGCGGUGUCGUCGGAGAAAUAUAUCAAAGUGGAACCGUUUGAAACAACUAUAACGGGUAUCUUUCUGAGCCAUUUCAAUGGACUCCUCAUCGAAUUCGACGACUCAACAAAAUGUGUCGACAUCGAUAAUGACGUACAUCAGGACUUGCAGGAUACUAGCAUGACAUAUCAUACACUAAGUAAUCUACAACCGUCGUACGCAUCGAAAAAACUGAAGUAUCCACUCGAGUUUUACGCUUUCGUCAGACAAGACGUACUUGACUUUAUACACUCGACGUUCUCUUAA